UAAUAUUACCUUUAAAAUGUUAGAAUUCUUGUCAGAAAUGCUAACUAGCUCAGCCAAAAGACUGGAAGUCUACACGAGAUUUCCAGUGGUGGCACUUAAGCUAAUUAGCACAAAGGCUAAAUUGUAUGACACGUACAGACUGUUUUUCUUUUAUCAAUGAGUUCAUCAUAAUUUGGAGAAGUCGGUUGAGGGCAUCAUUGUCAAAAUCCUGAGCUAGUCCUUUCACAACAUCCUCAUGAUUGCAGUGUCUGUGUGACAUGGCGUAGUGUGCUGUGGAGAGUCACGACAACCAGAGAGCAAUAGAUGGAUGCUAGUAGAAUGGAAGACUCCUUUGAUCUAAUCAAGUGCAGUGAGGCCCCACCUUCCUCACCUGACUGCCACCCCAUUCCCAUGGAGUAUGAUGACCUGCCUGAGCUACAGGAGGUGGAGGAGGGCCACUCAUCCCCAGUAGUGUUCCACGUGGGUCCUGGGGUAUCCCAUCAGGACUGCAUAGCCGGAUCCCCGGACACCAACUGGCUGACUGAGCUGGCCAACAUCGCCACCAGCCCUCAGAGCCCCCUACUGCAGGAGCCAUCUCCCAUCCAGAGGUCAUCUCCUGUACACAUCUUUGCCACCAGCCGUAGUUUACAUUCCUAUGCCCGGCCCCCCCUGGCCAGCAGUGCCCCCAGUCCAUCUAGGGGUCACCUCAGGGAGCGCAGCAGACGUGUUAGGGCCAGCAGUGAGUCUGAAUCUGGAGUGUUCUCCAUGUCUUCCUUCUCCGAUGACGAGGACAUGGGCUGGUCCCACUCCUGGCCCACAACUGCGUGGAACUGCUUCCUGAAAGGCACCCGGCUACGGUUUCACAAGGGCCCUAACAAGGAGUGGCAGGAGGCAGAGGACCUUGGGGACUCCGGUGAUGAGUCAGAUGACGAGAGAAUGAUGCCGUCCACCUCCCGCAAGGGCUACGGUUCUGAAGGUCUGAAGCUGGUGGCCCAUGAGGAGAACGUCUCGUACGGCCAGGCUGUCCUCAAACUCACCUUUGAUCCCGGCUCGCCAGAAGACGGCCUCCUAACAGCAGAGUGCAGAUUUGAUCACCCCUUCUUUGUGAAAAACAAAGGCUGGUCUUCGUUCUACCCCUGCCUCACGGUGGUACAGCACGGCAUCCCCUGCUACGAGAUGCAGGUGGGGGACCUCUGUCUUCCCCCAGGCCACCGAGACGCCAUUAACUGUGAUGACUCCGUUGUCUUUGACACCUUCAGGAGCUAUGACUUCACUCCUCUGGACUCGUCAGCAGUUUAUGUCCUGAGCAGCAUGGCUAGGCAACGAAGGACCUCCCAGUCUAGCGGAGGUGCUGUCUCCCCCGAUCCAGAGAAACUAUCCGGCUCCCACCAGUCCUCUGCCAGCAAGUCCAACCGGAGCAUUACCUCAGCGACAGCCCCUGGCGGGGCCCCGCCCACCAAAUGCAAGCGGCCAAUGAAUGCCUUCAUGCUCUUCGCCAAGAAGUACAGAGUGGAGUACACGCAAAUGUACCCUGGGAAAGACAACAGAGCCAUCAGCGUCAUCUUGGGCGAUAAGUGGAAGAAGAUGAAGAACGAGGAGCGGAGGAUGUACACGAUGGAGGCCAAGGCCCUGGCAGACGAGCAGAAGAGGCUCAAUCCCGACUGCUGGAAACGCAAGAGAACCAACUCGGGGUCCCAGCAGCCCUAGAUGACCUUUGACCUACAGAAAUGUGUGUGUGUGUGUUUCUGACUUUAUGUUACAGGGACUAAAAUGUCCCCCAAACUGUGGUUAAAUCUGAAAAAGUUCACUAUGAGGACAUUUAUUCUGGUCCCCAUUUUGAAGAAGGUAAUGUUUUGGCUUAAGUGCUAGGUGUAAGGCAAAAUUACAACUAUCGCUAGGGUUAAGCAUUACUGGUAAGGUUCAAGCGCCAGGGCUAGGUUACGUUUAGGCAUAAAUGUUCGGUUGUUGAGGUUAAUAUUAGGGUAAGGAUUUGUGAAUCAUUUUUCAAGGGAAAUGAACAUUGUUGUCCCAGUUGGCUAAUUAAACAUCUGUUUCUGUUUCACAUAUCGAACUAGGACCACCAUGGAUAGUAAAACAUGAACAAUCUGCCCUUACUAGCACCUUCUGCCAGUCCCUAAGAGGAAAAAGCUAUGGAAUUUUUCUGGUCUCCAAAAGGACAGAAAUACAAGGGUGUGGGUGCGUGCGUGCGUGUGUAUGUGUGUGCGUGCAGAGAGGUCAAAAGUGAACUGACCAACCAGGCAAACCCACUAUCUCUCUAGCCUGGUGCUAGGUUUGUUUGUACUGUACUGCCAAAUCCUUAUUGUCUUUGGACUAUAAGACAGCGCAAACUGAUCUGAAACUUGGCCAUCUAUUAGCGCUUGCUCUUUCUCUUUCUGUCCAAUUGAUGAAACUUAACUGUGAUGCUGAAUAUACCUUCACUUUUACAACUUAGUGACCUUACAGACAGGCCUACACACGUUUUAAGACAAAGCCAACAACUAUGAACUAUAUACUAGAAAGCAUCUAAUGUAGUGUAAUUAACAGUGCUUAUAUUUUGUUAUACUUUAAAUGACAUACAAGAGAUGCCUUAUUGUUCCUAUAUAAUUAAGGAAUAGCUCAGUUUUUAUUUCUUCAGGUAAUUUCAUAUUUCAAGGCUUAAAAUCUUGAAAUCAGGGUUGCAAUAUUCUUGUAUCUUUCCAAAAAAAAAGGUUAUAGUUUUCCGGAAACACCAAUUGGAAGACUGCUGGAUUUAGAGGGGAAUAAGAAGGAAAUCUGAAGUCCUCCAACCAGGUUUUCUGGAAAAGCAUAGACUUUUGGGAGAGUUUCUUGAAUUAUUCUACCCUACUUGAGACCCAGUGGUGCUAUGUUUGGUGAAGAAAGAAGGAGCAGUGAUACAAAACGUCUGUUUUUAAUUGUGAAAGAAUAAGGGGAAUUUUAAAAAGCUUUCUUUUAUUUUAUUUUCAUUUUCUCUUAGGCGUUGAUUAUGUUUUUACAACUCAAUAUAUUGCACAGAUAAAGCCUUUCAUAUGUUGCAUCAUAUUGGCUGUAACAUGGGGGGGGGGGAAUACAGUUUGAAG